GAACGAGGGCGCUCACUCAGGGGAGAUGUGCUGACUUGCGCUCGAGUAUAAGGCUGUAUUUCCCUCAUCCAGCACACCCGAGGACAUUAUAUUCAUUACCUCUGAGAUCCAGUGAACUAAAUUAGCUGUCAUAGGUUUACUAUCGAAUAAACCGGACCGACGAGCACUGAAGCCAUAUAAUACUUCAUUGGUGCGCCUAGACUUCUGCAGCGUCAAGGAAAUUCAUCCAGUGUGCUUGAAACAGAAUAACCAUGUCACUGUAUCCAUCUCUAGAAGACAUGAAGGUGGAUAAGUUCAUGAAGGCACAGAACACCCCUACUGUGAGCCCAUUAAAGGCUUUACCUCUUCCAGAACCUGAGCCUUACUAUGAUUCAAAAUCUGAAGAGAUAGCUACUUCUAGCCGGUUGUAUCCUGAGCUGAAUGAGUUUAUGGGUCUAAAUCUCAGUGCAGAAGCUCAACAAACUCUUUCCUCUUCAGUUCCUGACCAGACUAGUGAGGUUCUUAGUAUCUGCACACAUGGAAUGAGCUGGGCGGCAGCCCCCAUAACAGGAAGUGACCUGGGGGUGAAGCGGGCAGAGAUUCGACAGGGUGUACGGGAGGUGGUGCUGUGCAAAGACAUGGAUGGGAAGAUUGGCCUCCGCCUCAAAGUCAUCGAUAAUGGCGUGUUUGUGCAAUUAGUGCAGGCUAACACUCCUGCAGCACUGGCAGGGCUGCGCUUUGGUGAUCAGAUUCUGCAGAUCAAUGGCAAAUCAUGUGCUGGCUGGAGUAGUGAUAAUGCACAUAAGGAGCUUAAGAAUGCCAACCCAGAGAAGAUCACUUUGGCUGUGCGAGACAGGCCAUUGGAGCGAACUGUUACUCUUCACAAGGACAUGAACGGGCAGCUCGGGUUUCUUUUUAAAAAGGGUCGAAUCACCUCAAUAGUAAAAGACAGCUCAGCUGCACGUAACGGCCUCCUUACUGAUCAUCAGAUCUGUGAGAUCAAUGGUCAGAAUAUAAUCGGACUGAAGGACUCCCAAAUCACAGACAUCCUUAAUUCCAGUGGAGGAGUUGUCACGGUAACUGUAAUGCCAGUGGUCAUCUUUGAACACAUGAUGAAAAGGAUGUCCAACAGUAUUGUAAAGUCACUAAUGGAUCAUUCUAUUCCUGAGGUGUGAGAUCGUUUGGAUCAAACUGUUCAGCUGGAGAUGAUCUGGCCACAGUUUUUGGAGGGCUCACAUUUUGUUUGGAGCACAAGUUCAGUUGUGCGUCCACAAUCAUGUGAUUUUAUGUAUGUUUAUGUAUGUUUGAGAGGUUAUUGUCAGGCAAAGAAAGACAAAGCAAGGAGAACACGAGAGAUAUUUGUUUCAGUUUUUCUCUUAAAUGAAUAGUGUACCCAAAAAUGACAAGUUCUGUAAUCAUUUACUUACCUUUAUGUUGUUCCAAACCCAUAUGCCUUUCUGGCAUAUCACACAAAAGAAAAUGUUAGGCCAUGUGCAGAAUGUUUACACUGCUCUUUUCCUUACACUGAAAGUGGGGUGGAAUGCUUUUGAACCUAAAAAAAGAGCAAACCAUGAAAGUAAAGUAAUUUAGACAACUUACUGUGCUAUAUUCUAACUAACCCGUAUGAAGGUAAAUAUAGUGUGGAACACAUCGGAAUGUAAGUCAUUAUGCACUGAUUAAAUUCACUAAUCCUCCUCUCUGCCAUAGCUGUCAAAUGUCAUUUUUGCAUAUUAAAACUGGUUCAUCAUGAUCAAUCAUAACACAUGCAACAACCUAAGCAGUUUGGCAUCAUUAAUGUCAAAGUUGGUGUGACUUGUCUUCACACUUCAUAAUUAUAUAUAGAUAAAUGCAAAUAGGGAGCUGCAGUGGAGAAGAUUUUCAGCAAAUAACAACUUAAACAUCAGUAUGUUUUCUUAUACAAAGCUAUUGUAUAGCUUCAGAAGACUUACAGCACACAAGUCAUAGGGUUUAGUUUUAUGACACAUUCAUAGUGCUUUUUUGACUUGAAGUACUCUGUCCCCAUUCAUGUCCUCAUUUUAUUCUGUAGUGUGAAUAUUCUGCUUAGCAUCUCCUUAAAUUUAGAAUAAGGUUUGGAACAACAUAAAGAGGCGUAAAUGUUGACAAAUUUUCAUUGUUGGGUGAUGCCUUUAAUUCAUCUCCUUCAUCUUUAGAUAUUUUUUUGUUAAGCCUGAAGCUUAUUUAAAUUUCUCACAACAUAAUAUCUCACAAAAAGCAUUCUGAAUUAUCAUCAACAUGCAUUACAGCAUGCUGAUGCUGUAAAUCAGUCAUAAUAACAAUGCUGUUAAAAUUACAUUCUAAAAGCCAUUAAAAAAAAAAAAAACUAUGCACUGCUGAAGAUAGUUUUGUAUUAAAAAAAACAAGUAACAUUUAAUUUCGAUAGUUCACUUUAGACAUUCUACUAACAGUAAGUAACUUUGCAACUACAUGUCAACUAGCAGUCAUUAGAGUAUUAGUAGACUGUCUGCUUAAUAUCUUUUAACACUUUAUUUUGAUGGGUCCACAACAUACAACAUACUGAGUAUUAGAAACUUUGCAAGUAUAUGUCAAUUUAUUCUACUAACCCUAAAAUUACUGAGAGUUAGUUGCAAAUUAAUGAUAAUUAGUUGACAUGUAGUUAUAAAGUUACUUAUAGUUAGUAGAAUGUCUAAAGUGGACUAGCAAAAUAAAGUGUAACCAAAAAACAGUACAAAAUUCAGAGAUUAAUUAUGUGACGACUUUAUGUUUAAAAGUUUUAAUUGCAGUACUGUUUUGUGCCCAUGCAUUCUUCUUGUUGUUAUUCUUCAUAUUGUUUAUGUUUGUGUGGCCUGUGUGGUUUGGAACUUAAAACAAAACAGGAGUUUUCUUUCCUCAUCAAAACUUCAUUUUUUUUCUUGGUGUCUCUGCAGAUAGGACUACACCUUUGCAGCACAUUGUUUUGCUAUCUUGCUAUUACAUGUUCAUCUAAAGCCUCUUUAGACAGUGUCAGGCUGUGAAUUACAACUGAAAAAAAAUCUAUUAUUUUCACUGGUUCCAAAUAAAAUUGUACAUUUUAUUUUUGGCAACAAAUUUUUCUGUCCAUAAGUGCAAAAAAAAUAAAUAAAAUAAUAAUAAUAUAAGAUAAUUCUGUUAAAUUUACAAAAUAACUCGAUUUUUAAAUUGCUAUAAUAAUUAUAAUAGUAAUAGUAAUUAUAAAUUCUACUGUUUUAAUAUAACUCCAAAGACAGCUAUAAAUUCAUAAUUUUGUUGCUAAACAGUGGCAUACAUUCAGAAGCAGUACUUAUUUGUUGAUGCUUAUAAAAUCUGUCUUAACUGUCUUCAUGAAACUUGCAAUUAUGACAAAAAAUAAAAAAAGCCUGCUAGAUAAUGUUGCCUUGGUCAUAUAUUUAAAUUAUCGUUCAAUACAUAAAAGGAAAUCACAUUGUUUUCUUUUUUUGUUGUUGUUGUAAGUUAAUCAUACUGCUAAACUGUGCUGUCUGUGCAUAAAUGUAAACCUCUGAGAAACCACA